AUGUCCUUUACAGGCGAAACUUUCAAGUUGGCGCGCACGUCCCUUGUUGCACGAACUCGCAUGUCAAGCAUUGCUUCCUUGCGACCACAUGCAUUGUUGACAGCAACUGCAAGACGUUCCUUUUCAACAACCCCUUCCUCCCAUCUCUAUAUCCAGACCAAUUUGCAUAAUGAUCAAACCCACAAGGCAAUUCAAGCAGAUGGCAAGUUUUAUGAUUUUCGCAGUGAUACCGUUACUGCUCCUACCGAUGAGAUGUUUGAGGUGAUGAAGAAUGCAUCCAGAGGUGAUGACGUGUUUGAGGAGGACCGUAGUACCAAGGAGCUUGAAGAAUACGUUGCUGAUCUUUGUGGUCAUGAAGCCGGUCUCUUUUGUUCCAGUGGCACUCUUACAAACCAGCUUGGUUUACGUACACACUUGUCCCAUCCACCCCAUUCGGUCGUAUGUGAUGCACGUUCGCACGUUUUCCUUUGGGAAGCAGGUGGUAUUGCAUUCCAUUCUCGUGCUUCAGUGAGCCCUGUUAUUUGUGAGAAUGGUAUCCAUGUCACUGCCGAGGAAAUUGAAGGCAAUCUCAUUGAUGCGGAUAUCCACACUGCUCCUACACGUGUUGUUUCCUUGGAAAAUACCUUGAGUGGUCUCGUUUUCCCAUUGGAUGAAAUCCGCAAGAUCUCUGAAUUGGCUCGUAGCCGUGGUUUGGCCAUGCAUUUGGAUGGUGCCCGUUUGUGGAAUGCUCAUAUGGCCACUGGUACACCUCUCAAGGAUUAUGGUGCUCAAUUUGAUAGCAUGUCAUUGUGCUUAUCCAAGGGUGUGGGUGCUCCUAUUGGAUCCAUCCUUGUUGGUUCUCAUGAUUUUAUCCAUCGUGCACGCCAUUUCCGCAAGUUGUUUGGUGGUGGUUGGCGCCAAGUCGGUGGUUUGGCAGCUGUAGCAAAACAUUGCAUUGAGAAUGUGGUCCCUACAAUGCCCGAGACACACAAGCUCACUCGCUACUUGGCUGAUCAUUUGGUGAAUAUGGGUCUCGAAUUGCAAGUGCCUGUGCACACCAACAUGGUCCUUAUCGAUGGCAAGAACCUUGGCUUGGAUAUACAGCGUGACCUUGUACCUGUAUUGCUACGCAAGAAUGUCAAGAUUGGCGGUAUGCGAUCCAAGUCGCGUAUUGUGCUCCAUCAUCAAGUCGAUAAAAAGGCCGUCGAUACGCUUAUUGAAGGUGUUCGUGAAGCUAUCCAAGCACGUGAAAAUGCCGAUCCUGAACAAGUUGCCUCCGCUACUGCUGCUGCUGGUGCAGCUUGA